AUGGGAGGUUCUUCACCAUGCGCGUCCUGCAAACUCUUGAGGAGUCGAUGCGCAAAGGAUUGCAUCUUCGCCCCUUAUUUCCCAUCCGAUGACCCUCACAAGUUUGCUAUCGUUCACAAAGUGUUUGGUGCCAGCAAUGUCAACAAAAUGUUACAGGAGCUGGCGGUUGAGAUGAGAGCGGAUGCUGUUAGUAGCCUAGUUUAUGAAGCAAAUGCAAGAGUGAGGGAUCCAGUAUAUGGAUGCGUGGGGAACAUAUCCUACCUUCAAAACAAAAUAUCAGAGUUGCAAAUGCAGUUAGCUUUGGCUCACACGGAGAUGCUUUGCGUUCAGAUGCAACAAGAAUCGGUUUUGGCAAUGCCAAUGCCAAUACACCAAGAUGACAGUUAUAUUAUCUUUUUUUUUUUCUAUUUAAAAGAAUAG